AUGGCUCCCGGGAGCAGCGAGGAGUCACAGUGCUACUCGGCGCCGAGGGGGGGUCCCCUGCCGCACAAGACGACAACAGGACUUUCAAAAUUAAGAUCGGACCAAAUUGCCCUUCCGAGCUCGGCUGCUUCUCGGUGCAAGAGGAAGCCCGUCAUCUUCAACUUCGGCGACUCGAACUCGGACACCGGCGGCUUCUCGGCGGCGCUCGGGAUCAACUUCGCGUUGCCCGACGGGCGCGCCUUCUUCCACGAGGCCACCGGCCAGCUGUGCGACGGGCGGCUGACCAUCGAUUUCCUCUGUGAGAGCUUGAACACGAGUUACUUGAGCCCAUACUUGGGAUCAUUGGGCCCAAAUUUCGGCAACGGUGCCAAUUUCGCCGUCGCCGGCUCGGCCACCCUCCCCCGCUUCCAGCCCUUCAGCUUGGACGUCCAAGUCCGCCAGUUCCUCCUUUUCCAACUUCGCUCGCCGUUACUUCUCUCCAGAGGCCACGCGAAUUUGGUCGGCGAGGACGGCUUCACGGACGCUCUCUACAUCAUCGACAUCGGCCAAAACGACCUCGCGACUCAGUUCACCACCCUUCCGUAUUCGCAGGUCGUCGGGAACAUCUCGGUCGUUAUCGAAGAAAUCAGGCUCGCCAUCUCGAGCAUAUACCAAACCGGAGGGAAGAAUUUCUGGGUGCACAACGCCGGGCCAUUCGGCUGUUUGCCUAACAUAUUGGUCACUUCCGCCCAUACUCAAAGUGACAUUGACGAGCUCGGAUGCCUUCGAUCUCGCAAUAAUGCUGCUCGAGAGUUCAAUCGACAAUUGCGAUCCCUUUGCGAUGACCUGAGGCCUCAGAUGAAGAACGCCACGAUCGUGUACGUCGACGUCUUCGCGAUCAAGUACGACCUCAUCGCCAAUCACGCUAAACACGGAUUCGAGAACCCGUUGAUGGCGUGCUGCGGCAACGGCGGGCCGCCGUACAACUACAAUCCCAACAUCACUUGCGGCCGGAUCGGCUUCACCGUGUGCGACGAGGCGUCGUGACGCGUGAGCUGGGACGGCGACC